AUGGCUUCUCUGGCAGCAGACAUGUCUUUUGACUUCAUCUUCCCCUCGUGCGAGCCCGCAACUCCUCCCAGCUUCUCGUUUGAUGCUUCCUCGCUCGACACGCCCUUUUACCCCAUGCAGGCUCGCUCGAGCUCGUAUGGUCCCAUGAUGUCCACCAUUGAGACAUCGCCAUCAGACACAAUCAGCACUGGCAUCACCACGCCGCCGCGGUCGUCUCCCCCGAUCCGCCAGCAUGGCCCGAUCUUGUUGCCCAAGAUCCGCUCCCAGGACCAGGAGAUCAACCAGACACCCCCAAAGCGCGCCAGGACAUCGGUGACGCCGGCUCCCAAGCCUCGCCGCGCAGCCAGCUACCGUCCCACUCACACCCGGAGCUACACCAACCCCGAGACUCUUAACCAGUUCUCGGCUACCUACUUUGCAGCACCCACGUCCGCUGAGAACCAGUCCCAGUACUCGCAAUCGCUCAUGUGCUCGCCCGUCAUCUUCCCUCAGGACAACAUUCGAUCGCAUCGCGCAUCGACAUGCGACUUGGACGGCACCACUCUGGAGAAGUAUGGCUUCCCGACCUACCGCCAGAUGCCUUCAUACGUGCCGGCUGUGCCCCAGCCCACUCACAUGGACCCUUACAUGUACUCUCAGUACACUCCCCGGGCUUCCCCGGCUUUGACCAGCGUCGCCUCGUCGCCUGAGCCCAUUGCCUCCACCACCCUGAUGAGCUAUCUGACCUCGGCCAACCCUGCCCCGUCUCUGGUCCGCACCAUCUCCUACCCUCUCAGGGAUCCCAACACCAAGCACUUUUGGUGGGAUGUGCGCCAGAUUCGCCCCUGGGUUGAGUUCAACGCAUCGACCAUCCUGUCGCUUCCUGGCACGUCGAGUCUGCUCAGCUGCCCUGUCCCGGCACCCCUCCUCCCCCAGCCCGCGGCUUCUUCGCGCCACCCCGAGACUGAGGCUGCUCUGCACCAGAUUCACAGCUCGUACUACAUCCCCAAGCUCAACUCGGCCCUGUCGCUCUCCUCCCAGCGCCCCCUGCAGUUCACCGCGGCUUCGCCUACCAAGCAGACCAGCUCUUCCUCGGAGCACGUCUUCACUGCCAAUGUGAGCGGCGAGUCUGCCACCGCGGCUGCCAUGUUUGGCGGCAAGCCCACGGCCCGCAUCGUUGGCCUGACCAAGUCUUUUGACCGCUUCAACACGGGCAUGCGCGUCGAGGGCAACAUCAAGCGCGUCGAGUACCUCCGCGGCCUCGCACACCUGCACCACGUCAUGCGCGAGCACAGCUGCCGCUACGGCUUCAUCAUGACCGAGAUUGAGCUCGUCGUGGUCCGCAACGGCGCCGAGGGUACCCCUCACUUUGGCUUCCUCGAGGUCGCCUCUGUCCAGCUCGCCGCCACCGGCGAGAGCGACGAGACCGAGGAGCAGAAGCUCACGGCCUGCCUGGCCCUCUUUGGUCUCUGCCAGCUCGCUGCCGACGAGAUCGUCCCCGGCCAGGCUGGCUACAAGUCCGAGAUUGGUGCCCCCGCCGAGGGAACCCGUCGCAAGGCCCUGGCCCGCGACGACUGGAUGCCCCAGCCCCAGCUCGCCGAGAAGCGCGAGGCCAAGAGGACUCGUGGCUGGGUGUUCCCCGAGGACCCCGUCGGUCGCAAGGAGCUUGGCAAGCGUGGUGUUCGCUACGGUGCUUGCUAG